AGACAGUGAGGGAGGGAUGAUCAUUUAAACGGGAAAGUGCCCAGUGCAUGUAAUAUUUUAAUCAUGAGCCGUAAAAUCUCUCAGACUGUCUCGUUCAACGCUGGAGGACGUUUGUCAUGGUGCAAAAUUUAAGGGGAGAAAGAAAAAAGAAAAAAUCACAUAACUGAGAUGAAAUUUGGCCUCCAUUUUGAAUCAUGUGCCUGUAUUCUAAUAGGCUGGUUUUUUUUUGUUGUUUUUUUUUUUAAAGCGCGCUUCGCCGUAUGGACACAAGAUGGCGCCUGUUGUCCACCAGAGGACAACAGCGUCAUUUAACCCGGUGGCCCCGCUGAACGAACACGCGCUCACCAACGUCCAAACGGAGUUUACACACACCAGCGUGGAGAUGUAACGUUUCCCCUCAAAUAAACAGCAAUAAACAGUAUUGUAUUUUUUUCCCCACGUCCUCUGUUAUUUCUAACUGCUAUCAAACCGUCUUAAUUGGCGCGCAGUCAUUGCGCUCGUCGCCAUGGCAAUAAAUUGAAAUAUUUCCUGCGCGCGUCCUCGUGCGCUUCUCUUUCGGCCAGUUGACGCCCCUCAGCCAACCACAUCCCAGUCAUCCCCCCCUCUCUCGGUUGACUACCCCACAACCACCACCACUCCCUCCCUUCCUCCCUCCUUCCCUCCUCCUCCUCCUCCUUUUACACACCGGCUCGCAACCACCCACCCAGUCAGUCAGCCAGUCAGUCAGUCAGUCAGUCACCUCAAGUGCGGCCGGCCGGCUGGAGCGCAGGCAGACACAACACACCGAGAGCAGCAGCAGCAGCAGCAGCAGCAGCAGCAGUCGGGUUCAUCCUGCCGCGCGUUUUUCGUUUUGUUUUUAUUAUUUAGGCUCAGAGGAGAGACACCCGGAGCGCAGGAGGAGGAGAAUGGGACGCCGGUGCUCGGAUCAGGACUGAGUCUGGUCGGCACGUUGAGAGCUUCUGCCCCCCCCCUCCUCCCCUCCUCCUCACCCCUCUCAGGUCCUCUCCCAGCCGGCUCAGAGUCACGUUCUCCCCCCGCUGACACAAUGGGCUGCUGCAGCGGACGAUGCACUCUCAUCUUUAUUUGCACUUUACAGCUGGUGUUGGCUUUAGAAAGGCAGGUCUUCGACUUCCUGGGUUACCAGUGGGCCCCGAUCCUCGCCAACUUCUUCCACAUCAUCAUCGUCAUCCUCGGCCUCUUCGGCACCAUCCAGUACCGGCCGCGCUACAUUGUGGUGUAUACAGUAUGGGCCGCUCUGUGGGUGGCCUGGAACGUCUUCAUCAUCUGCUUCUACCUGGACGUAGGAGGGCUGUCCAAGGACAGCGACCUGCUGACAUUUAACAUCUCAGCCCAUCACUCCUGGUGGAGUGAACACGGGCCGGGCUGCGUGAGGAGAGAGAUGCCGCAGGCUCCGGGGGUCCGCACCACGGAGAGCCACUCCUACAUCACCGUCAUGGGCUGCCUCAUGGACUACCAGUACAUCGAGGUCGUGCACAGCGGCACGCAGAUUCUCGUUGCUCUCCUGGGCUUCGUCUACGCCUGUUAUGUUGUCAGCGCCAUCACCGAGGAGGAGGACAGCUUUGAUUUUAUUGGUGGAUUUGACCCAUUCCCACUCUACCAUGUCAAUGAGAAACCAUCUCAUCUCCUCUUAAAGCCCAUGUACCUGUCUACGUAAAUAGGAGGGCGAUCGGCGGGGAGGUGACACAGCAAGUUCCCACGGAGACAAAACGGCUGUUUUGACACAAACAUCCCAGUGAACGGGGGCGCACCACACAUUCCUCCUCUUCUUCGUGAUUUCAGUGCUUUAACCAUGUCAUUUACUGAAAAAAGAAACGCCAACACUUCUCAGUUAGGGGCCAUUGUUUUCCAGGGAGGGAUGACGGGUUCAGGGGGGGAAAGGAGGGGGGAUUACAGUGCAACAAAGCCUCAUAUUGUGUGUUUGGGGAAGUAUCAAUCAUUUUCUCUCUGUAUUGAGUUCUCAGCCUAGGUCUCAAUGCCGUGACCUGCCCACAAUGGUUCUUAAUACUCCCCGAGAACAUGAGCGUAUACAUGUACAGCGUAUAAAUACAUUGGGUAUGUAAUCAGGGACUGCCCAGCAUUCGCAGUCUGUGGUGCUGUGUCUAAGAGGACUCAGUGAUUUAGCAUGUUAUUGCCGGUUUGGCUCAGAUCUUGGCCGGAGGGCUGAAUUACAGUGGAGCCUGUGGAAUGAGCUAUUGUGCACUGUCUGUUUACUUUAGGCCAGGAUCUGUGUGCAUAAAUACACAAGCAAAGCAGGAAGAGGCAGGGGAGCGCAGAGGUGGGGGGGGGGGACAAAAGCACCAAACCUACAGGGGCGUCUAUCAAAAAUAGAAAAUGUAAAUAAUGAAACAAGAGCAGAAGUGUGUGGGGGGGGAUUUUGGACCUGGAGUUUUUUUAAAAUGUGAAUGAUCAAGAAUGCGAAAGAAGUGUUAGUGGUGUGAGAGGUGUUGAAAUGCAAGUAAAUGGCAUGCGAGUCUUGCUUUUUUAUUUCUGGAGUCUUAUUGUGACUGUUUCUCAGCCGGUGUGUCUGAAGUGUCAGGUUGUCUGUUAGAGGACGUGCUGCAAGCUUUUGUUCCUCCCGUUUCGCCCCCUCCUUCUCUCUCCUCCAACUACUGUCACAUCUGGCUGCUGGCAGGGGUGAUCAUCACACACACUCAAGGAAAGGUGACGCCGCAUAUUUUUAACUUCAAGACGAACAAUAGGAAUUGUUUUCAUUAUUCAUAUUGCGCACAAGGCAGUGUUGAGUUGUAUGGUCGUCAGUGUAGAAGUAGCUUGGCUGCACCACGAGUGAGCCAGAGCGUCGUCUCCUGUCAGUUUAGCGGUUUAGAUGCUCAGUGGUGAUAGUCGCAGUUGUGAUUGUUUUAUAGCAUGUUUUUUACAGGGUUUGUAUUGUAAUUAUGUGUAUAACAUAUUAAGAAAAUGGACAAAAACAGCAGAAAAACUGAUGUCUUUAACUCGCCGUAGACGAACGAGCUGGUUAAACAACAACCGAAAGCUUCCACUGAGUAGUGUCUUACUCAGAUCUGAUUUCGUUCUGACCCAGCAAUGUAACAUGAUGUCUUUUUAUUUUAGACAAAGGGUCACACACACGAUUCAUAUGUCAUUACUGUUUGGUCGCACUUUUUGUUGAUGUUUCAGGACUAAAGUAAAGUCUUGAGCCAAAUCUCCUGUAGCCUUGUAGUUUGGUGUGAAUCACUACUGCUCUCUGGUGUUCAAAGUGUUCAUGUGCACUCUGCAGAAACGUUCUUCCACUUAUUGUUGCAACUGAAGGCUUCAUUUUAUUAUCAAUAAAUCUGGCAGUUACCUUCACAUGUACUAAAUGAAUCAUUUAGUAUAUUAUAUUGUGAGAAUUGAGAAAAUGAAAUUGCUUCUUUUGUCUGAAUGACAUCCAAAAAUCCAAAGACUCUUCAUUUAUUAUCAUGAUGACAGAGAAAAGCAGCAGAUUCUCACAUUGGACCAGCAAAUGUUUGACAGUUCUUGCUUUAAAUGGAAUUAGAUGAUUAAUUGGUUAUCAAAAUAGCUGGCAACUCGUUUUCUGUCCACCGAAUUAUCGAUUAAUCAACAGAGUGUCGCCACUCUUCGUCCAUAAGUCUCUUAUUUUUCUUUGGUCCUAAGAUGAUUCUGUUUGUCAGCAUGUAACAAGAAAUCUUUAAAUAGUGUUUUUUGCUCAGUAAUGUCAUGUAGGAAAGAGUCAGCACUUUUUUGUCCUGGUUGUUUUAAUGUUGUUGUUUUUUGUUUUUUUUCUUUCUCUACAUCUUUUUUUACCCGCUACAUUUGCUGCCCGGCCAUUGUCAGAAUGUUUCAUUACAGUAUUUCUUUGUGCUAAGUUUGAACGUGUCCGCUUCGGCUACUUUUUUGUCAUCAAAAGACGUUCCUGUUCCCUGCCACCUAAAAAUAUCCUGCUGCGUGUCAGCCUCCUGUGUGAUAUUAGAUGUUCUUCACCGCCAGAUAGACAGUCUGUAAACAUCUGCUGACUGAUUUCAGAACGAUGACAGAGAAGCACGUUGAUUGAUUGGAUGAGAUGCAAUAAUUUAUGUGUCAUUAUUGCCUUUAUGGUUUAAAGGUGCGUUACGUAGUUUUGGGGGAUGAAUUUUAAUCAGAAGAGAAAAGAUCUUCAUUAAUCUUUUUUUUGCUUAAACAAACUAAAUAGAUAAAUUUUAUAUUUAUCUACGGUUAUAUCUGGCGGACCCUGCCACCUUAAUAGCUUCAAACAGUGUUCUGGGGAUCUGAUUUUCCUCUAAGAAAAAAAAAACCCUCUUAUUCAGUUAUGGAAACAAUACUUGUUUCUGAGUUUGUUUUAUAGCCUCAUUAAUUUCGUAAAUAAUCAAAUUCUUCAUAAAUUCUUCAUAAACUUCUUCAUAAACUAUGUAAUGCCCCUUUAAAGUUUGCACACCCCUGGUUGGAUAAGUGGCUUGUGGAAUAGUUACACAAAGCACCUCAUAUUGUAACAUAAUCAGUAUUUGUAGAAAAUGCUACUAAAUUCGUCAUGUAUAAAAAAAAAAAAACAAACUUAGUCUUCCUCUCAGUGCAAUACAGUCUCUUCCUCAAUCUCGGUAACUGGAAUUAGUUGAAACCUGUGACGGUCGUGUGCAUUUGUGCUAGUCACCACUGAAAAAGAUUCCACCUGUUUGUAGAUAAUUCUUUUUCUUUGUAAAGAAAGUGGAAAACAUCUCUCUCUCUUUUUUUUUGUAUUACUCUCUUCUAUUUUGUGUCCUGUGUCGGCCCGACCCCAUGUGACCUGACCACGUAACCCUAUUUAUCCAGAACUGUGCUUUGUGUUCAUGUAAAUAGGUGUUUGUUAAUAAAAGAAUGUGCUCUUUUAAUGA